AACAUAGAGUAGAGCAGUUAAAAUCAUCUUCAAUCUGUGGAUGCCAUAGAUGGAACCACCAAAUAGUCAAAACAUCAAAAAUUUUACCAAAUUACUUCAAUACAUAAUGUAUUUUUAAACCAGCGAAAUUUAACAAAUACCUACCUAAGUAUUUGUAAAAAAAGUUACCUAAUAUAAAUUUCAUUGACAUGGAUAGCUAGUAUAAUGUUUGAACCUAUAGCUCGAUUUUGGCGUACUUCUAUAAAACGUUUUGGUGUGUAUGACAAAGUAGUACCAUUUGAAACCACACCAAGUAGAUUAGUUCCUGAUCAUAUUGUGAAGCCUGACUAUGUAACAAAUAAAAUAGUUUUUAUUACUAAGAAACCUGAAAUUAAAGAUGAGGAACAAAUAAAAGGAAUGAGAUCCAGCUGUACAUUAGCAUCAAAUAUUUUGAGGAAGAUCCAUCCAUUUAUACAGCCAGGUGUGAAAACAGAUGAAAUAGAUGAAUUAGCCCAUACAUUGAGCAUAGAGGCUGGAGCAUACCCUUCACCAUUAUUUUACAAAGGGUUUCCAAAGAGUGUUUGCACAUCUGUUAACAAUGUUGCCGUUCAUGGCAUACCUGAUCUUCGACCUUUACAAAAUGGUGACAUAGUCAAUGUGGAUGUAACAGUUUUCUUCAAUGGAUAUCAUGGAGAUUGUUCAAAAACAUUUCUAGUAGGGGAUGUUGAUGAUCAAGGCUUACAUCUGGUUCAUGCAACUGAAGAAUGUCUUAAGCAGGUUAAUACUCAGGCUAUAGAUGUAUGUGGACCUAAUGUACCAUUCUGUGACAUUGGUAUGAGGAUUUAUAGGGUUGCCAAGAAAAAUAAGCUCACAGUAUUACCAGCAUUUGUGGGCCAUGGCAUUGGGAAGUAUUUUCAUGGCCCUCCUGAUAUCUACCACACAAUAAACCGUUAUCCAGGUUUAAUGAAACCAGGGAUGACGUUCACUAUAGAACCAGUUCUUUCACAUGGAAAUGAAAAUACAGUUAUAUUAGAUGAUGGCUGGACUGUAGUCACUGAAGAUGGAUCUAGGACAGCCCAAGUAGAACAUACAGUCCUUGUUACUAAAGAUGGAACUGAAAUUCUGACUAAAUAGCUGUAAAAAUAAAUAAGGCAAUAUUAGAAAGAAAAUUUAUUAAAUUAUUUAUUUGUUACUGAUA